UAAUGUACAAUGUACAACAAAUACUACAGACAAUAUAUUAAAUGGAACUUGUUAUAGUAAAAAAGAAUGUCAAAAAAUGGGUGGUUUAAAUAUGGGUAGUUGUGCGGAUGGUAAUGGAGUAUGUUGUGUUUGUAUGAUGUUAUAAUAGAAUAUAUAUUGUGUUUGCAUAAAAAUAUUAAAAUUUUAUAGUUAAAUAUAACUGCGGUUCAUUUUCUAUGGCAACUGUAAGCUAUUUUCAAAAUAUUGAAUAUCCACAACCAUCAUUAGAAUCUAUAGUUUGUACAUUCACAAUAGCUUUAAAUGAAAAUAUACAACAAAUUCUUUUGGAGUUCCUUAUAUUUGAGCUGAGACGUCCAACAGAUGGCAAUUGUGAUGAUGAUGAAUUUUUAGUUACUGGACAAAAUAGAAAUUUCAUAGUGCCUCUAUUAUGUGGAAUUAAUACUGGUCAACAUAUGUUCAUAGAUGUUGAUAAAUCACCAACAAAAAUUAUUCAUUUGUCUAUUUAUGGAAAGUUGCCGUACCAGAGAACUUUUAAUAUAAAAGUCACACAGGUUCAGAACCGUAUUACAUCAAAAGGAUGCUUACAAUAUUUCAGUGGAAGAAAUGGUAUUAUUAAAAGUUUUAAUUAUGAUGUAGUAGGAGAUACUGUUGAUUCAAAAGAAGAAGCAAGUUAUUUUAAUAAUCUUAACUAUGCUAUAUGCAUUGAAAGAGAGGAAAAUAUGUGCAGUAUUACUUAUACUAAUGUAAUAAAUGAUGAGAUGUCAGAUUUCAGUAUAGUAAAUGUUGACACUUAUAAAAAUUCACCAUCUUUUGUAAAUUAUUGUCCAGAUGAUUUCUUAGCUAUAAAUGGUGAUCGUUUAUGUGGAGAAAUAUUAAGUGAUACAAUUGCUUCAAAAUCAAUAUAUGAUGAUGCUGAUAACCCUCAUUCAAUAACAGAUUAUGGAACGGGACCAAUUAUUUUAUCAUUUAAGAGUGACAAUAUGUACGUUGGUAGAGGUUUUAAAAUCCAUUAUGAACAAAAUUUUUGUAACUAAUAAUCAAAAAUUAUUUGAAAUAAAAAAUUUUAUAUGUAA